AUGCCAAAUGCUGCAGGGUCAUGCGAUCUUCAGAUGUUAGGCAAGAGGAAGCAUGAUGAUUGUGCUGACAGUGGCCGCCGGAGGGAUUCUUGUAUCAAUAAGAGGCAAGGUAAAGACACUGCUGAUAAAAUGUAUAAUGAUGAUGUUGCUGUCGCUGACAUUCAAGCUGCCAAACAUGUUUCUGACACCAUGGACAACCAAGGUGAAGGAAAUGCAACACAUGAAGAUUGUCAGCAAAAGUACAAGGAGGAAGCUACAGAUAUUUCUAAUCAGACGCAUGGCAAUCCUGGGAUUGCUUAUGAGUGCACUGGUAGCAUCCGCAGCAGGGACUCUCGUAACAAUGACAAGCAAAGGAAGGGCAAUUCACUUGCUGACACUAAUUCAACUGAUGAUAAUGUGUGUAGUGAUAAUGUUGCUGGUGGUAAGAAUCAAGCUGCUGAACCUGUUCACAGCACAUUAGACAGCCAAGAUGAGGGAAAUGUAACUCAAGAAGGCAGUCAGCAAAAGUACAAGAAGGAUGGAAUGGAUAUUGCCAACCAUAAGCAUUGUAAUCCCGUGAUUACCGAUGAGUCUUCAGAUUUCUUUGAUUUCGGAACAUUAAGAGAAGUUAACAGGAUAGCAGUUAAUGAAAUCUGGGCAAUUUAUGAUGAUCAUGAUUCCAUGCCAAGAAAUUAUGCGCAGAUAAAUGAUGUCGAUGCUUCCAACAAUAUUGUUCAGUUGACUUGGCUGGAACACAACACAAUGAAUUUACAGGAGACUAGAUGGAAUCGUAAAGAAUUGCCUGUUGCAUGUGGAAACUUCUGCUUAGGAGAGACAUGUGUACUACAUGACCCAUCAAUGUACUUUUCUCAUAAAAUUUCAUGGGUAACAGGCAAAAAUAGGAAUUCAUUUGAAAUUCAUCCUAAAAAAGGUGAGAUAUGGGCUCUUUACAAAGAAUCAAGUUUGCUGCAGAGCAGAGACACUGAUAAUCAUCAAAUUCACUGUGAGUGA